AUGGCGUCCUUUUCGGUGCCGAGCCAAUGCAGGCUCUCCAUCUUGCUGGCGAUAGCGGUGCUGAGCCUUGGUACCUCGGCGCAGUCUGAUGAGCCUCUCGACACCAAGGUCUGGGCAGUCGUUGCAUACAUCAAUCAUGGCGAAAAGACGCCGACUUUGGGAGGCCUGGAUAACGUCCUCACGCCCAUGGGAGCCCGACAAAUGUGGAGGCAAGGGAGCGCCUUUCGCAAUCGCUACUUGGGCGCUGCCAACUCUACUCUCCUCUCAAACUCUACGGAGAACACGACGAUCCAAGGCAUAGCCAGAGAUGCCAUUAGCAACAACCAGCUCACCAUCCUGUCGCAGACAGACGAGUGGGUUGCUGGAGGCGCCGUGGCUUUUCUCCAGGGCCUAUACCCCCCAACCGAAAGCUCGUUCAACAGCUUUGCUGGAGGCUCUCAGAUGGCAGAGGAUGUUGUGUCUGGCUCCGACCCAGUCGACUACCCUCUUGGGGGAUACCAAUAUCCCAACAUUGAGACUCUGUCCGCGUCAGACUCGGCAUCAGUAGCCAUCCAAGGCACCGUCGGCUGCUGGGCCUGGGAUACAAAUGUAAAUGUCAUGAAGCAGACCGAUCCCAUGGGCCGCUUCAGGUCAACCGAGAGCCUAUACAGAUCCCUCUUUGCCACGCCUCCCCUCAACGGCACUAUACCCAAGGGCGCGGUCAACUACUGGAAUGCCUACAACAUCUACGAGUAUGUCAACUACAUGAACACUCACAACAAGACGGUCAAUGCAGGGUUGGGAUUCGCCAACACCACGGUUGGCGUGCUCAAGGCCAACGCUUUUGAACUGGAGCGGGCCAUGAACGGAGACACCCUGAGCGGCGUCCCAAACUUCACUUACAACAACAUCACCACCAUUGCUGGCCAGACGCUUGGCAUGCAGAUUGCGAGCUCGCUCAGCGGCGCCACCAUAGGAAGUGAUGGCAGCAAGCUCACGCUCAUGUUUGGCUCGUUUGAGCCCAUGAUGGCCUUCUUCUCCCUCAUGGGGCUCUACUCCGGAUCCAAUCUGCUCUCGGGGCCGUUCUCCACUCUUCCGGAGCCCGGAUCGGCCAUGAUCAUCGAGCUGCUCGGCCAUCAUUCGGGCGACACCUCUGCGCUUCCGGCGCCGCAGGAGUUCAUGGUCCGGUUUACGUAUCGAGCCAAUGCCGAUGUUGGCGAGCCGUUUUCCGUCUACCCUCUGUCGUCCAACAGCUCCGAUAGCCAAGUCAUGCCUUUCACGACGUUCCUGGGCCAGCUUCAGCGCUUCUCCCAGGACUCUUCGCAGUGGUGCAGCUCUUGUCGCGCCAUUUUUGCAUCGUGGUGCGACGCGCGAUCCUCACCCUCCAUCUCUGACUCUUCCGAUCCGUCAAAGAAGUCGUCUCUCAGUGCGCCUGUUGCUGGCGUCAUUGGCGCCAUGGUGACUCUGGGCGUGACUGGCCUCCUCGCACUCGCUCUCUACUUCUUUGGAGUCUGCACUUUUAAAAGGCGUACACCAAAGCCCAGCGUGCGCAGCGCUUCGCCGGGUGGCUUCAAAGGAACAGGUAAGAUGGCCAGCGAUGCUGAUGUGACGGUCACGAAGCGUGGGACGGCGCACGAAAGGACGGGCAGCUGGGAGCUGAAAGAUGGGCCGCCAACAGCGAGCGGCGCCGUGGUGAUGGGGGGAGAUCCGUAUCCGCGGCGGUCUGAGGACGAUGAUGACAUUGCCAUGGUGACGGCGGAACCGGUCAGAGUCCGCGAGACUGUCUAG